GUUUGUUUAGUUUUGACUAAAAACUAUGUGUUGAAUAAUUUCAGAUUUAACCAAAUAAAUUGGACUAAGACAAUGGAUUUGAGAAAAGUGUUAAUCCAGUCAAGGAAACUUCCUGCCCAGGACGUGGAAAGAUUGUGGGAAAGCAUAUACAAACAUAAUGUGAAAGCAGAGAUUCUUAGCUCUAUCUUAGCCUUUUACCAACAUCACAGAGUGUACCCGCCACCUGUACAGAGGGCGUUUGACUCUCUUCUUAUUGCGUUCACUGGCGCAAAGGUGCCUCGUAAGCUACGGACACUGCUCUUCCAAACAGUGGAGGAGAUGUGUCAUUGGCUUAGUCCCUCUUGUGUCACGGACACAGUGAAGCUGUCAAUGAGUCCUAGCGUUGUGGCCGGCUUGUUGCCGUGUUUCCUCAUCAACAAGGACAUUCCUCUACCCUCAAACAAUGCUUACGAGUGGUUGAUUGGCUCUCUGACAAGUCCAGGAUUGUGUUUAGAAGACAGAGCUAGAGUGUUGAGAUUUCUAAUGACAACACUACCAGGUGAUCUGACCCCUUCACUCAAUAAACAGCUGAUCUUGUGGCUCUCCUAUUCCCGUUCACCGCAGACGACAAGUGGGCUGUUCAGAUCAGCUGAUGUCACUGAGCUGGAUGGUUCUUCUGCUGUGGGCAUAUGCACAGCUUUCACCUUAGUUUCCAGUAUCAGUGAACUGCACUAUCUGAGCCUAGUGGCUUUUUCUGGCAUUAGAAAAUACCUGCGUUGUACCAGGGACUCGGUUGAUACAGCCCUGGUCAAUGCUGUGUGCAGUUACUGCAGCACGCUGUUGGCACAAGCUGGCAAGCGGCCUACCCAACCACACGACAAGCUGGUAGUGGCAGCGACGUUGGAGGAGGUGGUGAUGGUGUUAGCUGCAGUGGGACAAGUAGACCCGAGUAGCUCUGGGAAGUGUCAGCUGAUGAUGGGGAGACUGCUACACCUGGCGGAUCAGCUGAAACUCACAUCGCUGCUUGUCACUGUUUGGCAAUACCAGAUAGAACAAGGAAAGGAGAGCACUCUAACAGAUAGAAUAUUGGGAAACACCGUCAAAUCAGAGUUCAGCCAAGGUCAUAUAAGCCACAGAAUAGCCACAGUGUUGGCCAGAUUCGGCCAUGAUGUGCGUCUGGCCAGCCAGGUCGCUCGCUACUUGCCCAACAUCCUCAAACUGCUGGCCACUCACCCGUCAACACUGGUCGAAGAGUUCAUGGUCAUCGUCUCUUGUGCUACAUCAGAUAUCAAUCUUAUAACCGAGACACUUCAUUCUCUGCUUGAUCUGCCGGCACUCUCCGCCUCAGUAUGUCUCCACGAGAGUUCUCUCAACAUGUUGGUGCAGGCAGGGUUCAAAGUUCCGGUGCUGGUCUCUGCUAGACAACAGGUGGAAUCUGAUCCUAACCUCAAUUCUGUCUACCUUCACAUGAUGAGAACAGAAGCAAAAACAGGGGAAACUUUAGAUCUGCUCAAGUUGUAUCCUAACUAUUGGUCUGUGUUGAGAACGUUGUUUUCUUUGGGGUUGGUCGAUGUAUGUUCGCAAGUUUCUCAUCUUCUGCUUCAGGUGUUCUUGGAAUCUGUUUACAAAAACAAGGAAGCCAACAAGCUAAUUUUCCCUGUAUUGUUGUCAAGAAUUCCCCUCUUGUGUCCAAUUCCUGCUUAUCAGAAGUCUGUUUAUGGUGUUUUGUCCCAGUAUGUAUCGAAGGUAUCGUCACUACAGCCUGAACUGAUGGAACUAAGCUGCAUUAGUCAGUUUCUAUCAGUGUCAAAUUAUUGUCAACUUUGUCCACAACUGUUUGGAUCGUUGGUUGAAGCUGUCGGUAAACAUGUUAACACGGGACAAAAUGUCAGUGAAUGUUUUGAAACUCUAGAGGCUAUCUUACAUGAGUUCUUGCAAGAAAAGGCUACUAAGGAUUUGAAGCUGGAGACUUCCUUAUGUGACUCCCUUGCUAUGUUGACUUGCAGAAGUACAGGAUUGAUCCCUAGAGCAAUUAUUGCCUUCGAAAAACUUAUAAAAAAGCAAGAAAUUACUCCUGGAGAAGACAAAGACACUUUUUUACAACACACCAAAGAACUCAUUAGGAUUUUAAAAAGUCCAAGGUUAGCUCCCUUAGUGUUGACUCCAUCAUGCAAAGAAGACAGCACAAUUGCAUCUCUAGUCAAGGUCUUGCUUCAGUUCACAGAAUAGAUAUUAAGUAUAUACUGUGAUAAAACUAUUCCUUCUCAUCUAAAUAUUUUAAGCCCUUGAUACCCGACAAUGUUGGCUUCCUUGUACUGUUUAUAGUACAGAAAGCUGCUAAUUGCUGCAUAUUUAUACUUUGUCGUAUGGUUUAUACUUUGGCGCAUAUCAAGAUUCCAACGAAACAACACAAAACAGCGUGAUUCUAUUAUGCACGUAAUCCGUGUACGCUUGGAAAUAGGUUGGCAACACUUAAAGAUAAUAAUACUAUGAGCAGCUGAUUGACUAUUAUAACUACGAUUUAACCUGUCAUUUUGUGUUUAUAGUUUACGUUCUAAACGUUUUUAAAACAUUCCUACGAUCUUAAUAAACAAGAAAAUACCUUUAAAGCAAUUUUUUAGGCGCGGAAACCACUGCAAAUUACAAAAAUAUACGGAACUAUUUUCUCAAGUCGCGGAGCACAUUGCUUGCCGAGGAAAAAAUAGCGGAGUGAUACGGACCGGGGACUACUUUCUCUAGGGCACCUAUUUGUGUUGCCAGCUGAACCUAAAAACGUGUUGUACAGUGUUUGAAAGACUAAUUAUUUACAUGCUUUAUAGUGACUGUAGGAAAAAUAUAAUGUGUAACACGAGUGCAAAAGGCUUUGCUGCACUCGAGAUCAUUCUGCAUAUAGGUAAACGUUGCUCUCGUGUGCAGCAAAGUGCCACUUUGCUCACUAGUUACACAAAUAACUAUUUCUAUUGUCAAUGAUGUGCCUUAAACUUUUAAGAACCAUGUAUUGUAACAAAGUCAGCAAAUGUGAAUGUAGGAGUUGUUCUAAUAUGUUGCAACAUCUCAGAGCAGUUUGAUAAUUUAGAAUAAAAUAUAAACAAGGACAAGAGUGUAUUAGCCAUGUAAAAUUUUGAUCAACUUAGUUGAGUUUGUGAACAACAUGAAGUACUAUGCUGUCACCAAUAAAGCUUGUUCAUAAAACUAAUUUUACAAAAUUAAUUCCAUUAUUUUUACAAUUUGCUUAACCAAUAAUGGCCAAAAAGUACUAUUAGAUUUUUAAACAGUUUUUGUAAGAUAAUAUAUUUUUCAAUAUAUAUUCUAUUUUCUAGAGUUGAACUGUGGUCUACAUAUUCUAAAGGUGUAGCAGUGUAGCUCAUAAUAUCAUACCUUUUGGUCUUUAAGAAAGUUUUUCUAUGAUGAUAUAGUAUUUAAGACUGAUAUGUUAAAAAAUAAGUUAUUUUAUCUUUGAAUUUGUACUUUGUAUGUUUACUAAAUUUAGUAGACUGCAAUUAUAAUAUUUUAUUGUUACUAUUCUACAUGUUUUAUAUUUUUAUUACACAACAUUUAUUAUAUAUUGUUAAUUAUGAAAUAUAUUUUAUCCUAAUUUUA